AUGGCGGAAACGUUUGAGUCCUUGCGUGAACAAGGUAAUAGAAAGUUUAGACAGGAGAACUACACUGGAUCUUUAAUAUGUUAUACUCGAUGUAUAGAUUUACAGCCGAGCGCCUUUGCGUUGUAUUGCAACAGAGCCGCGGCUUUAAUCAAGUUGGAUUCGAUGGAUGAAGCAGAGGACGAUCUUAGAAAAUCAUUAAUCAUCAAUCCAGAAUAUGUUCCAAGUCUUUUGCGGCUUGGAUUUCUAAUGCUCUACAAAGGUAACGUUGUGGAAUCGUUGAAGAACUACGUGCAAGCAGUUAGAGUGUCUUCUCGACAUCCCCACCAGUUGGACAGGUUUAAAAGCAGACUUAAAGAAGCUGUCAGGUUGACUGAAUCCCGGGCUAGGCAGCAGGGCUAUUCCCAGGAUUAUAUUGAUGGAAUUAUCGCGGAUGAUGUUCGUAUUACGCUUGAUGGUUAUUCGUCCAUUCGGCAUGAAACGGGAGGUAAUUCCGAUAUCCCUGCUGUCUACAGAAGUGUGAACCCAACGACAUCAUUUGCUGAGGAUGGAAACACACAAGGGAGAAACAUUGCUGGAAAUGGUGCAGGAAUUGCCGCUGAAUUUCCGUUAUUUCAACAAACUACCACUGGUGGUAAUGAAAACGGAGCAAAUGCAAACCCGAGGAUUGUUCAGGGACCUAAUGGCUUCAGUGCUUCCUUCACAGUUGGCCCUAAUCAGGCUAAUGGCUUGAUGGGCCUGAUUAGUAGAAUUACUGGACAACCUUUGGAUAACAAUGCAGAUCAGCCAAAUCACCCUACAACACCCCAGGCAUCAACACAGAAUAAUGUUUCAGAGGCCGAUUCAACACAUCCGGUUGCAAGUGCACAGAAUGCACCUGAUCCAGAUGUUGGAAUUCCGGAUGUUCAGGCCGGAGAUUAUAGUGGGUCAAGUAACACAACGGCACGCAGCAAUAUUCCUAAUUUUGCACAGCAGAUCAAUAACACCGCUCAGGCUUUUAUUCAGGGCCGUGCUAAUAAUGGGCAACCUUUGAACGGAGCAGAUAUGGCAAGAGGUUUAGCAACAACAAUCGCCAGUCAAAUUGGACAUGCACUGUCCAAUCAGGCACAAAAUCAUACUGCACAGGUAAAUGCAAGUGGUAAUCCGAAUGAUAUGAGUUCACAGUUGCGAGGAAUUGCCCAGGCAGCUGCAACUGCUUUUCUGGGAUCAAUGACACCUAAUAAUGGUAAUAAUGCAGGAGCAAAUGCUGCAACCACUGCUAAUACUUCUUCAAAUGCUGCAAACAAUGCUACUUCUACAAAUGCUGCUACUUCUGCAAAUGCUGCUGCUUCUGCAAAUGCUGCUACUUCUAUGAACGCUAUUACUUCUGCGAACACUUCUACCUCUGCGAACACUCCUAAUAUUUCUACAAAUACGUUUUCAAGCACUACUGGCAAUGAUACAGAUGCAAAUCCGGCUGCUCCACAAAAUGUUCCCCAGAAUAUUUCUGCACGUCCAACUAAUGGACACAAUGCUGGGGGAAACACUUCAGCCUCUUCAGCACAUAAUGAAAAUGCAUAUAACACAUCUGAUCUUGAAUCGGCCAUGGACCUUGACUUAGAUUGA